AUGGCCUUCAUGAUACGACGGCACCGCUUUAAUUCGUGGACAGUCAGAAAAGAACGAAAAGCUAACGCUAAGAAAUGGCACGUUUGCUUUGGCCAUCCUGGACCCCAAGCUAUCAAACACCUUGCCACAACGACAAAAGGUGUAAGAGUGACUGGCCUAUCCGAAGGUCCUACCAUCGUGCAGUGCGAAGCCGGUGGAAGGGCAAAAGCCAGACGAAUCAUACGACGAGAAGAAAGAAAUAUUGUGGAACGACCUGGCAAAAGCUCAAUGAAUGGAGAAAAGAUAUUGAUGCUUAUAACCGAUCGAUUCCGCGGUUUUAUCUGGGACUUUUAUAUGACGUCGCAUAAAAGCAUGGAGAUCUUAGAAACUCUAAAAUUAUUCUUUAAAUAUCUGAAAAAGCACCAUGAUGUUAGUCCGAUCAAGAUUGAGAUGGAUAAUAAGAUAUUCUUACACCGUCCUGAGGUGAAGGAGUGGCUGAUUACCAAACAUGUUACUAUCAAGCACUCAACGGCGAAUAAUCAAGGACAAAAUGGUGCCGCUGAGCGCUCAGGGAGUGUCAUCAAGGACAAGGCUAGGGCCAUGAGAAACAGUGCAAAGUUACCUGAGGAUUUGUGGUCAGAAAUAUACCGAGCCUCAAUCUAUCUUUAUAACCGUACCCCCAAGUUCAUGUACAACUGGAAAACGCCAUACGAUAGGUUCCAUACUUGCGUUGCUUUGCAAAAUAGAAUUUGCAUACAAGAUCAGAAACCUCAGCUUGCUCACCUGAAGGUAUAUGGCUGUAAAGCAUAUACCCUCACAUCGGGGUAUCAACUCAAGAAAAAUCGACUCCAACGCUUCAAUCCGCGAGCAUGGGUAGGCUAUCUCGUCGGAUAUGACUCAACAAAUGUUUAUAGGAUUUGGAAUCCUUCGACAGGGAGGAUCGUGCGAGCAAGGGACGUUAUUUUUAACGAGGACGAAGUCUUCAGUGGAGAUAUCCAAGAUAUCAAGGAUGAUCUCCUUCAUGUGUCUGUUGAAGAACUGACAAUCUUGCUGAACAAGAUAGAUAUCCGAGUACAGUCAGGUGAAGUCGAAGAUAAUGCUAACUUUGGAGAUGAGAUGGAGGAUUUAGUGUUUGACGGAAAUAGGCACAGCGAUGAGCGUACGACAACAGGCUCGGUGACUGGUUCUGGAUUUGAAGAUUCAAGUCAGCUUGAUUCGGACUAUCCAAGCGGCCCAACUCUGACGCCAGGAGAAGGAUUGUUAGAGGGGAUUGAUAAAUAUGCUUAUCCUACACCUCCAGAUACGCCUCCGAGCGCACUGUUGGCGGCUAGCAUCACUAUCAUCCGUGAAAAUGACCUCAGCCUCCGUCAGAGCUCUAAGCACGCAGCUGGAACGUCAACUGGCGGGGUCAGGCCCAGAGGGUCGCUCGUUCAGGAAGCAACCAUUAAGGAAGAUCCCAGAGGGGCUCUUGAUAGUGUAGGCACGACAGAUCCAGAGGAUCGCGUGCUGAGUUUGGGGACAGGCCCAGAGGGUCGCCAAAUCUUCGUGACUCCAUGGCAGGUCUCAGAGAGGCUCAUGGCAGGCAUAUCCUUGAGGACGGAUCCAGAGGGCUCCGUCCAGGUGCCGGCAAGGUCCGUACGAUAUCCAGCUCCGUAA